AUGAAGCAGACCAACACUCCCGAACAUCCGUCUUCUUUCCCACCACUCACCACUUCUCUCACACCCAUCUCACUCGCCGCUCUCUCCCAUCCCACUGCCCUCCCUUGGUCUGAUCACCCUCCAGAGCACAGCCGUCACUCUCCAUCGUUGUCCCCCUUCUCCGACCUCUCACCCACCCCCUUACCCGUCCCCUCACCCAUCCCCUCACCCACCCCCUUACCCAUCCCUUACGCAUCCCUUCACGCAUCUCUCCAACCAGUACCAUCCAUCCCCUGCCGCCUCUACACCCACACACUGAUCGGCAAUCACUCUGCUCUGUCCCUUGGCGCCCAUCUCUGCCGUCUCUCCCCAACCAAUCUCCCAGCCCCUUCCGCUGCCCCCUCUCUCCCCCUCACCAUUCUCCCCCGUUCACCGCUUCCUUCUUUCCCUUCUUCCCCCCUUCCCCUCAGUCAACCAUUAGCUGCGCAUAGUGCACUGAGUAUUGGCCUCUCUCACCGUCUCGCCCUCACCACUCUCACCGGCCUCUCUCGCGGGCCAAUCAUGCUGCUCUCCCUCCUCGCCUGCAUCGCCACCACUGUCACCCCUUCUGGGGUCACUCUCGACUCAGAGGGUCAAGCCAUUGGGGAGGGUCGACCCGUUAAGUGUAGGGGAGUCGCCCCACCACAUCCUUCUCCUGGCUCUCGGUCUCGCAGUCACAGUGGGACUCGGUGA